AAACAAAUGAAAAAAUUUUCAAAAUUUUAAAAAAUGAUGAUAUUUUCAAGACAAUUUAUUCAUUCAAUUUUCCGAACGAAUAGUUUGAAAAUAAUUCGACAAUCAUCAACGACCAUCAGACCAACAUUAUUCGAUUUACGAACAACAUGGCCAACAACAAUUCAAUCACAAUGUUCUCAUCAUACAUUGAUACAAAAUCCGUAUCCAAAAUAUGAUAAUUUCGAUUCUAGAUCAACGAUUAAUCUAGUCCAGAAACGAUCAAUGUUCAUACAGGUAGAAGAAACACCGAAUCCAAAUAGUUUGAAAUUUUUUCCCGGUCGAAAACUUCUUGAAAAUGGUACGACCAUUGAUUUUCCGACACCGAUUUCAGCAUUAAAACGUUCACCAUUAGCUGAAGCUAUAUUCAAAAUCGAAGGUGUUGGAUCGGUUUUCUUUGGUUCAGAUUAUUUAACUGUUACUAAAAUCGAUGAUGAUUUUGAUUGGAAAAUUUUGAAACCAGAAAUUUUUGCUGUAAUUAUGGAUUUUUUCUCUACAAAUCUACCUAUUCUUCGUGAAGGUGUUGAAAAAGAUUUAAAUCAACAACAACAACAACAAUCGGUUGCUGCUACCGGUGGUGAUGAUGAUGAAACGAUUGCAAUGAUUCUCGAAUUGAUUGAUACACGAAUCAGGCCUACCGUACAAGAAGAUGGUGGUGAUAUUAAAUUCAUGAGUUUCGAAAACGGUAUUGUUCGAUUGAAACUUCAAGGUGCCUGUACAUCAUGUCCAUCAUCAGUGGUAACAUUAAAAAAUGGUAUACAAAAUAUGCUGCAAUUUUAUAUUCCCGAAGUUAUGUCUGUUGAACAGGUUAUGGACGAAACCGAACGUAUCAAUCAUGAAGAAUUUGAAAAACUCGAAACUAAAUUAGCGGAUAAUAAAUCAAAUGAAAAUGUUAAAUCAUGAAUCACUUUUUGUGUGUUAAUGUUGUUGAUCAAUGUAAAUUUAAAUUUGUUUGAAGAAAAAAUAAAA